AUGGACACUGCGGGAGGCGGAAUCAUGGCUGAACCAACGGAUACGGUCAUCGAACCCGACAUUGAUCAACCCGUGAUGAGUGCUGAAUGCGGCCGCCCAACCAUCUGCGUCGACGACAGCACGCACGUGGAAUCCUCGGACUGUGCCAGAGUAUCGCCUCAGACGACGGGCAUCGAGAUCGCAAGCGAAAAGCCAGUCGACGAUGGAGAGUUCAAGACAAUGAUGCAGUAUCUCGACGAUCUAGGUGAUCCGCCCACUGACACUACUUUGGGGAGCACACAACUUCCCCAUAUUCCUCCGCCAGAACUCGCAUGGCAGGACUUUAUCUUCGAACAGCCUCCUCCGGACCAGACCCACUUCGGAGGUGGUCCGCCAGGCCAUGAUGUGGCGCCAAACCAUUCGGUCGACUCGCGCAGCUUGGUCGAUACCACCGGAGACACGAACGUUGUCAAAGCCGUGGACGAUGGUUUAUCUUCGCGACCGCAUACAACUGCCAAGCGAAAGACGAGUAGCCUGAUACAAGAAUCUUACGAAAGCAGCGAGCAUCAAGCCAAACGAGCGCGUUUACUGUCUGCGGACGAAGAGUCUGCCGAAGACCUCAUUACCACGUUGAAGUUCUCCACGAAGCAAGGCAAGUCUGCCCUCGGUAAUCUCGCAUCUCAACUGCUGGCUCAAGAACAGAACAGUCGCAAGAGUCGCAACAGUCGCUGGCGGCGAACACGGGAUGAGACGACAUCUAUCGAUAAGGCCGCACUAGCUAAAAGCUUCAAGAACAAGCCGAUCGCUAGAAGCUGCUGGGGAUGUGUACACCUCGAGGGAGCGGAGGGUGUCUCGCAAUGCAGCUUGCUGGAGAACCAUAGCCAGUGGCCCUGCCACGCUUGUGCUCAAGACAAUCUUCACUGCGAUCUCAUCACUGCUCCUACCCGCAAGGUCAGGUGCACGGACUGCAAGCGACAGAAUCUGCUGUGCUCCUAUAGCUAUACGCGCAACCACGAACAGGCUUGCGAGCAAUGCGUUAAGGACGGUCAUCGCUGUGUCGCAGGCCCGGUCAAAGAUGGAGGCAUAAUUCCACGAAUCGGGAUCAUGCGAGCUCAGGAAGACGCUGAAGAGGAUGACUCCAGAGACAACAUUCGCUACGUCCCGACUCUCGCAAUUCCAUCCAGGAAAGGAAAGACGAAAGUCGCCGAGGAUUGCAGGGAGUGCGCCUACAGCGGCGGGAAGUGUAUCUACCCAGUCAACCUGAGCACUGGACCAUGCCGGACCUGCAAGCGCGAAAAGUUACCAUGCACCAUGCCCAACGCACCGGCGCCGAAAAUCAUCGACUCAUUCCAUCCGGCGAGGUCCCAAGCUAGACAGCCUCAGCCUGCGCCGCCUGCAAGCCAAGACCGCGCUGCAGCAAUCGCUCAAAAGAGGAGAGACAGUGUUUUCGACAGCGUCGAAACAUGCAAAUUACCGGAAUUGGAAUGA